AUGCGCCGAUCGAAUUCGACGAGCUUUGAAAUGGUUCUUGCUCCUCUGCGACGAGCGUCCUUGCUCAACGCCACUUCAAACGGCACAGCGGAACAAGAUGGAAUCCCAUACGACUCCGCCUACCCCAGGUUCCAAGUUGGUCAUAUGGUAUACAUCAUAGUUGCACUGGGAGGAAUUAUCACCACAAAUGCUUGUUGGGCUGUACGCAUUACCUCUAUGAAAGAUUCGUAUGCACUGAUCAAACUGUCCGCUACUCAUUUCAUCGUGUUGCACACAUAUCUCAUUGGAAGCCUCUUCUGUGUUAGUACGUGUGUUCUGUACUUCGGCCACGGGAUCUACGACGCACAUUCCUGUCAAGCAGCGAUCAUUAUUGGCCUCUUGUUCUACUUGGGACAGAAAUAUUCCUUAUACGUGUUCUUGGUGGAGCGGCAUAUUCUCGUGUUUCUUGGAUUUGGCCUGAUUGGGAUCACAGCACUAGUUUUCCGCAUCGCUACAUUCAACAGCACGAUCGGAACAUGUCAGAUUGGCAUACCAAGGACGAUCACGUCAGUCUUUUUGGGCUGGGAUGUGUCCAUCAAUAUCUUCCUCACGACGGUCUUCCUUCGGCGUUGCAAGCCAUACAUGGUCAAGGGAAUGAAAACCACCUUUGUCUACCCAGCCUUGCGAUCGCUCGUGACGAAAUUGACCUUCUGCAACGUCGACACCUUCAAAGAAAGAGAGACCGUUGCUAUUUCGCAGGGUGCGUUGGUUGGAGUCAUUCGCAAAGCAUUCGUACGUGAUAACGGCUCUCACUUCGAGAUUUUGCUGUACUACGCUGAACGAGAACAGGCAUGGUUCUUCUUUACAUUUGGUACACUUGAUGGUAUGCUGACUUCAGAGCCUCUCGGCUAUACCACCUCUGAGAUGACUGGAGUAAGAGAUGUCACUACUCGUAAGCUAACACAUAAUUCAACAGUGACCUGGGCGACCGUUGUCAUUCAUUGGCUGACAACUGCACCUGAAAGGAAGUCUAAGAAGAAGCUCAAGGUCGUCGCAGAGGUAGCGGUAGCGACCUCGAGGAGGACCGGCCACACUACUAACCACCCACCUCGUGUGAUUCAUGCCCAGACUGUGGGUGUCCCUGGCCCAAGAGAGAAGGAUACACUGCAGCUUCCGCACCAUGUACCAAGCGCGCUGAUCUAG